AUGAAGGCUUUGAUAUUUCUAGUUAGUCUAGUCAAUAUGGUGUACACUUACACUAUGAUAGUGUCCUGGGGUCGUCCAACAGAAAUGAGCCCCGGGAGCACAGUAGAUCAGGUGUUGUGGGAUACUUGCGUCAAGUAUUGUUACAAUUCUAUGUAUUGUGUUUUGGCAUACGGAAAUGACAGUUCGUGUACUUUAUUCGAUUUUGGUGAUGUUUCAACAGUAGAAAAGUUGGACCCAGAGGAGAAUUUGAAAGUCGCAAUGAAGAUUAACAAUUCCACGGCAGAUACUACCUGCCCUACAAGUAUUUCAGGCUCUUUUCCAUCGAAAAUGCGGAGCAUGUGGGAAACUUUCACCAAUUCAAAUUAUAACAUCACUUUUACCGGUGAUCUAUGGAAGUUUUCUUAUCAAGAUAAAGUUACGCAGGCUGGGAGCAACUACGCCCUACCGUACACUAUUAUAUUUCCCGACGGGCAUUUUAAACUGAAACAGAGUAUUGUGUUAAUUGGUUAUCCAUCAGAACAGAGGUGGUUCCUCAAUAUAGAAUCAUCAAUUGGAGAAGUCCUGUUUCAUUUCAACCCGAGACCAGAAGUCAAUGAGGUUGUCCGGUCAACUCAUCGAAACGGAGUUUGGGAAAUGUAUGAGAGUAGUGGAGGAUAUCCAUUUACAGCUGGGCAACAAUUCAAUUUGACAAUUACCAAUAGCAUCAGUGAUCUACAAAUGUACAUUAAUCAAGUAUGGUUUGCUGAUUAUAGACAUAGAACUCCGAAUCCUGCUGAAGACUAUGUGAAGUUGUGGGUUCAGGUGGCAGUGUACGUGGAUUCAUUGGAGAUUUUGGGAUGAGAUUUAGAAAGAUUUUCUUAUAAUAAAAUCAUCUGAUUA